UCAUGAAUUAAAUAGUACUGAGGCGCUGAAAGUACGUAUUUACAUCAACAAUGAAAGACAGGACUGAGACGAGAGGAGAAAGUUGUCAGAGAGAGCUGCAAACAAAACUUCUUGAGGAGUCACUUAAAACAAGACAAGAGACCGAGGAGGAUAGAGAGAGAGAGAGAGAGGGAGAUAGACAUAAUUAGUCGGUAACAUUUGACUCUGACUGACUAACUUAUUGCUAUCGAGCCUAUUAUAUAUAGCCUAGGCUAUUUUUUUUACUUGAUCGAUUUUGUAUAGCCUAUUUGCACAAAUAUUUAGGAGUAGAGACUAUAAUUGUUUGAAUUAGUAGUGUUUCAUAUGAGUGAUGAACAUUAUGAGAACUGCGCGGUUUGUCACUCUUCUGGAGCGGAUGAUGUUGACGAAUACGCAAGGAACGCGCUUCUCUGCGUCCUGAACACUUUCACAACUUUCGCCUCGGAUUGUCUCCUGAAACUGGAAAACAGCAUCGACUGCUCUAAACCACAAAGAGAGAGAGAGAGAGGGAGAGAGCUCUGGAUUCAAGUCCUCAGUGAAAAGUUAUGACCUCUGCCACGCCCCCUUCUUCCCGUAGCUCCUCCCCACAGAAGGUCUGCCACUCCCAGACACAGACAGAUGUUCUAAAGCCACUCCUAGGUGGAGGAGGCGGGACUUCGACAGAAAACGGACCUGCUGCAUUGAGACGCCGUCGCCGGGUGCUAUCUAAAGAUGGGCGGAGCAAUGUACGUAUCGAACACAUUAGCGGUCGAGGGAAGCUUUACCUGCGUGACAUUUGGACGACCUUCCUGGACAUGCAGUGGCGUUACAAGCUUUUUCUGUUUUCUGCCACCUUCGCUGGCACCUGGUUUGUUUUUGGUGUGCUGUGGUACUUAGUGGCACUUGUGCAUGGAGAUUUGCUAGAGUUCGACCCUCCGUCCAACCACACACCAUGUGUGAUGCAGGUCCAAACCCUGACGGGAGCAUUCCUUUUCUCCCUGGAAUCACAAACUACGAUUGGUUAUGGCUUUCGCUGCAUCACUGAGGAAUGUCCUCUUGCUAUCAUUCUGCUUAUUGUCCAACUUGUCAUCACCAUGUUGAUGGAGAGCUUCAUCACUGGAACCUUCCUUGCCAAGGUAGCACGGCCGAAAAAACGUGGUGAGACGGUGAAGUUCAGUCAACAUGCUGUGGUCGCCAAUCAUGAGGGCCGACCUUGUCUUAUGAUCCGUGUCGCUAACAUGCGUAAGAGUCUCCUUUUAGGCUGCCAGGUAACAGGUAAGCUGCUGCAGACGGCACUGACUAAAGAGGGUGAGACAGUGCGUCUGGACCAAAGGAAUGUAGCCUUCCAAGUGGACACAUCCAGUGAGAGCCCCUUCCUCAUCUUGCCCCUCACUUACUUCCAUGUGAUUGAUGACAACAGCCCAAUGCGGGCAUGGGCUGCCAAAGGUGGUGGGUGGACGGAUCCAGAGCUGGCUGACUUUGAGCUGCUUGUGAUCAUGAGUGCUACCGUGGAGCCGACCUCGGCCACCUGCCAAGUUCGCACCUCCUACCUGCCCGACGAGAUCCUGUGGGACUAUGAGUUUCCACCUGUCGUCUCCCUCUCCCCCUCUGGAAAGUAUAUGGCUGAUUUUACUUUCUUUGACAAGGUUGCCAAGACCAAGACCAUGCCCCUUUUCAAACAAGCCCCGCCUCCAAACACCCAGUCACCACAACAUCAAGGCAGUGGUGGUGGAGACCAACGGGCGGAUGUGGAGAAGAAGCGAUUGGAGGAGAGUUACCGGGAGGAAAGGGGGCGUGGCCGAGAACAGCUUAGCGUCCGCAUUAGUAACGUCUAGAGAGUGUAAUACAAAUGAAUGAAUGGGGGGAUCAGAUGGAGAUAAAUUGCUUGAGUACUUGUUUGAUUCAGUGUUCGCCAGCUUUUUUUGAUGCCACUGAGCUAACCUGUUAUUCAAGGUAGCGUGCCAUUAGAGUUUGCUAGCACUGAAAUGUACUGGCAUACAAGCAUGAAAUAGAGAAGAUAAGACAGUGAGUAUGUUUGGAAUAGCACACUAACAUACUACACUUGCUGUUUCUGCCGUAUAUAUUACGUAUAUACUGUGCAUAGCAUGCACGUUGUCAGUAUGAACAGAACACAUAAUGAUCUACUAUGGGAAAAUGAUUGGAAAAGCAUGCCUUCUCCUACAUAUUUGCAAAACUCCUAAAAUAUACUUUUACACAUACAAUUCACUGCAGUUUCUGUUCACAGUAAAGAACCAACAACUUCCUUUUCAAACUAAUUAUGAUUACAAGGACAGAAUAUUGAUGGUUAAAAGCCUAUUUUCAUAUGGUAACUUGAAAUAUAUAUAUGUUAAGAGCUAAUAAGUAAUACAUUUUUAAUGUUUGCUCAUAAUAAUCACAUAGUCAGGUCCCUAAUGUGGUUUUCCUGCCAUAGUAAACUUGCUGGAUAGCUCACCCGGUGCAAUGCGAUGCAAAGCGCUGCAGUCUUCUGAAAUACGAGUCAUGAUAAAAGAGCUCAAAGGCUUGUAGAAGCAAGAAAAAAUGCCAUCAUUUCCUCGGCAAAUGUAUUUUAUGUCACAUUUGCUUUUGUUAACACUAUUGGUUGCAUUUAAGCCUGGAUUUAAUGUAGAUGAUGUUAUUUUCAAACACUCACCGGACAUUCAUUUGUGAAUUAUACAUUACUAUAUGUACAAUAACCAAUGAAACAGAAACUUACCAGUUUCUUGUCCAUCUGUUCAUGUUCAGCUCCACCAAAUGGAUAUUUUAUUUCCAAACUGCUGAGAUUCAUAGAACAACCAAUGCGAUAAAACAUAGGCAAAUUAGCGCUCCCACAGGUCAUUUAACCGUUUUACAAGUUUUUUACUAAAUGUGCAAGAAGCAACAUGAAAUCACUUUGCAGAAAUGGCAAUGCAGGCGUGUUUUUCCAAAAAGCCUGGGACGCAAAUUGUGGAGAACAGAACCAGAGCACACUGUGAGGAAUACCCUUCUCACAAUGCAGUGCAAUAUUAUGAUUUCAGAAGCUGAGGUAAUUUUGAGUAAUUUGAGGCAACGAUUUGAUCUUUUAUUCAGCGUUACUUGCAGUGCAUUCAAACGAUAUGUUUCUAGUGUUACGUUCAACCAGUCGAGGAACCCAUUUUCCUGAAUUUCUUUAUUAUUUAAAACUCUCAUCACUGCAUUAUGCACAUCAUUUCACAUGUAACUUUUAAAAUCUGUAUGCUACAUAUGAAUGCUAGUAUGCUAGUGUUCCAUUCCGGACAUAGCUGGAAUCCAUAAAUGAGAAAUACUGUAAACUACUAAACUAUUAGACCAUGUGGAAUCAACUGAUGAUUCAACAUAGAUCUGCUGCUUUACACUGGUUAAAACAUCAACAGACUCUGGAGCGAUGAACCUGCUCACUGGGAAAGACUGGUUCACCUCCUUGUGGCCAAGAAUAGCAGUGCUACACAUCUGAGACACUUUGAGAAGAACAACUUUUCUGUAAACUCUGAUGGACAAUACCUGAUUUCAUAAACACACGGAUAUCUGUCUAUUUUUGCUGAAGGAUUAUGGAUUACAAUGGACAAAUGAAAAACACAAAUCAUUAUAUUUAAACCACUGUACUGUAGUUAAUGACAGAGCAAAGGUACAACAUUUAGAGUGAAUAACCUGUGCGUGUCUUAUUGAGAGAUUGCAUUGGAUGUGAUUUAUAUUUAUGUUGGUGUCUAACAGUGCCAGUACAGAGCUAUCUAGGGUAAAGAUCUAGUUUUUUUUUACCCAUAGUUGACACUGGAAUAAACAGGAUGUUUGUUAACAAUACUAAAAGCACUUUAACUGGAGGAGGAGGCUUUAUUUUUGAUAUUUUGUUUGGGUCCAACUCAACUGUUUAUGGCCUUUUAAAUGUGAAGAGGAUGUUGAAAGAAUGUAUUUUGAAAUAUAGUAAAUGUCAAGUCAAUGUGCCUAUGACUCAACAACGACAGCAGCACCAACAAUAAUAAUAGUAAUAAUACGGUAGAGCUGUUCAUUAAGUCAAGAACCACUUUUACCAUGGUAAAUUAUUAUUGUUCAUGCAUUGUGUUAUAUUGAGUGAACAAACUCCUCAUUAUACAGACUACUGAGGUGAAUAAUUAGUUUUAUAAAAUAAUUUUUAUGAGAGAUCAGAUAUAAAACUUGCAGGUGAUAUAAAGUACUUAUAACACUAUUAUUAUUAUUAUUAUUAUUCAAAUUUAUGUUGUUGAAAAAGAACGAUUUUGGUUUUAUCUUUAUUGCGUUCUGCCGGUCUUAAACUGUGGCUGUAAGGAAACACCUGUUUCAUGAAUUUCCCUUUGUGUUUAGUCACUUUCAGAACUGGACUUUCAUCACUUUAACUGUAAAUGUCUGUUUUUAAUAAAUGAGAAGUUUUGAAGUGA